CACUUGCAUUGCGUUGGUUCCCACCCCGAUUGUUGAUCAUAUGCGAGACGCUGCUCGACCCUGCGCCCCGCUUGUCGCCCCCGCGCUUGAGGCAGCCGUAGAUACUCUGAGUUCCCAGAACCCCAACGCCUGAGGGUGAGAUGAACGCGCUGGCCUUCCUAGCCGUCCGGACCUGUGAUCGCUUCUGGCAGCCCAAGCCGGCGCUCCUACCCCCCGGGUGACGCGCAGUCCCCAGCCGUCCAGACACAUGGCCCCAGGCCAAGCACCCCAUCAGGCUACCCGCUGGAGGGAUGCCCACCCUUUCUUCCUCCUGUCCCCAGUGAUGGGCUUCCUCAGCCGGGCCUGGAGCCGCCUGAGGGGCCCGGGACCUCCAGAGCCCUGGCUGGUAGAAGCAGUAAAAGGAGCAGAAGCUGGCCUGGAGGGAGAAGCUAAGACUCCUCUGACAACCCCCCCUACCCCUUGGGACAGAUGCUCUGAAGAGAAGGCUGAAGACAGUGGAUGCCCUGAAGGGGACAGAGAAGAGCUGGGCCUGAAAACCAGCACUUCCCUUCCUGAAGCCUGGGGACUUUCAGAUGAUGACGAUGAUAAGUAUAGUGAGCAAGAAGCAACCAGUGUCCCUAGAGGGCAGGGAAGUCAAUUUGCAGAUGGCCAGCGUGUUCCCCUGUCUCCCAGCCUUCUGAUAAGGACCCUGCAAGGUUCUGAUAAGAAGCCAGGGGAGGAGAAAGCCGAGGAAGAGGGAGUUGCUGAAGUUGAGGAAGUCAACAGGUUCUCUUAUCCUCCGUCACACCAGGAGUGUUGUUCAGCAGUAGAGGAGGAGGAUGGUGAAGAAGCUGCAAAGAAAGAAGCUUGCAGAACCUCUACUUCCGCCCUGUCUCCAGGAUCCAAGCCCAGUACUUGGGUGUCUUGCCCAGGGGAAGAAGAGAAUCAAGCCACGGAGGACAACAGAAGAACAGAAAAAAGUCAAGGAGCCAGGGAGACCCCCGUGUCACCCCCAGCUUCAGGCUCUUACCCCACUGCCUGGGAGUAUCAUUCAGGAGAGGCGUCCAAGGAGAAGAAGGAAAAGGCACACGAAGAAGCUGGGAAAGGAAAAGCUGCCCCAGGGCCACACUCCUCAGCCCCAGCUCAGAGGCCCCAGCUCAGGGCCUGGCGGUGCCAACCCAGUGAUGAAGAGGAAGGUGAGGUCAAGGCUUUGGGGGCAGCUGAGAAGGAUGGAGGAGCUGAUCCUCCCUGCAUCCCUGCCACAAGUGCCUUCCUGAAGGCCUGGGUGUAUCAGCCAGGAGAGGACACAGAGGAAGAGGAAGGUGAGGAAGAAGAUGAGGACAGUGACUCUGGAUCAGAUGAAGAGGGAGACGCUGAGGGCUCCUCUUCCACUCCUACGACAGGUACCUUCUUGAAGCCCUGGGUGUAUCAGCCAGGAGAGGACACAGAGGAAGAGAAGGCGGAAGAUGAGGACAGUGAUACAGGAUCAGCGGAGGAUGAGGGAGAAGCUGAGACUUCCGCCUCCGCCUCCACACCCCCUACAAGUGCUUUCUUGAAGGCCUGGGUGUAUCGUCCAGGAGAGGACACAGAGGAGGAGGAGGAUGACGACAGUGAUACGGGAUCAGCUGAGGAUGAGGGAGAGGCUGAGACUUCUGCUUCCACACCCCCUGCAAGUAGUUUCUUGAAGGCCUGGGUAUAUCAGCCAGGAGAGGACACAGAGGAGGAAGAUGAGGAUGCGGACAGUGAGGAUACGGAAGAUGAUUCAGAAGCAGCUGUGGGAGAAACUGAGUCAACCCCACAUCCAUCCCACCCAGCCCAGAGUGCCCGUUUCAGGGACUGGGUAUAUCAACCUGGGAAGAAGACAGAGGAAGAGGAAGCUACUGAGUACUGGGGAGAAGCUGAGCCCUGCCCCUUCCGAGUGGCCAUCUAUGUACCCGGAGAGAAGCCACCGCCUCCCUGGGCUCCUCCUAGGAUACCCAUCCGACUGCAGAGGCGGCUCAAGCACCCAGAAUCACCGACCCAAGAUCCAGACCCUGAGACUCCCUUAAAGGCCAGAAAGGUACACUUCUCUGAGAAGGUCACCGUCCAUCUGCUGGCUGUCUGGGCAGGGCCAGCCCACGCCGCCCGCCAGGGCCCCUGGGAGCAGCUUGCCCGGGAUCGCAGCCGCUUUGCACGCCGCAUUGCCCAGGCCCAGGAGUUGCUGAGUCCCUGCCUCACCCCUGCUGCCCGGGCCAGAGCCUGGGCACGCCUCAGGAACCCACCUUUAGCCCCCAUCCCUGCCCUCACCGAGACCUUGCCUUCCUCCUCUGUCCCUUCAUCCCCAGUUCAGACCACGCCCUUGAGCCAAGCUGUGGCCACACCCUCCCCUUCCUGUCUAGGUCCCCUGGACCUCAGUGGGAGGCGUGGCUAAGACCAACUGGUUUGCCUAUAAUUUAACUAUUUAUUUUUUCUAAGUGUGGGUUUAUAUAAGGAAUAAAGCCUUUUGAUUUGUAGC